CGCGGUAGAGGACUUGGAGAAGGGAGAGCUGCUUGGCCGGGAGAGGGAAGCUCCUAUGCUGGCCAGUGGUUGAGGCAAAGUUACCCCGGCGCAGGACAAGUAGGGGCUGCACUACUCCACCCAGUUCUGCCAUGGGGGACGUGAAGAAUUUCCUGUAUGCUUGGUGCGGCAAGCGGAAGAUCACCCCAGCUUACGAAAUCCGUGCUGUGGGCAACAAAAACCGACAGAAGUUCAUGUGUGAGGUUCGGGUGACAGGCUUCAACUAUACUGGUAUGGGCAACUCCACCAACAAGAAGGAUGCCCAGACCAACGCCGCAAGGGACUUCCUCAAUUACCUGGUUCGAGUGAAUGAAAUCAAAAGUGAAGAAAUCCCAGCUUUCGGAGCGGGAGCUGUGGGUGCUGGUGAUGGAGAAGUGGCUGGAACAGAAGAAAGUGCAGAUGGGUUUACUGCUCCUUUGGGAGGGCCGAUUCCUCCUCAUCUGGCUCUCAAAACAGAAGUAGAUGGUGUUCCUUCUUCUGGAACUGGAGGCUCUGACUAUGGGGAAACUCAGUGGGACCGCGGAGCUAAUCUGAAGGAUUACUAUUCCAGGAAGGAGGAGCAGGAGGCUCAAGCAACUUUGGAGUCAGAAGAAGUAGACUUAAAUGCUAGUCUUCAUGGGAAUUGGACCUUAGAAAAUGCCAAGGCACGCCUGAACCAGUUUUUCCAAAAAGAGAAGAUUCAAGGAGAAUAUAAAUACACUCAAGUGGGGCCUGAUCACAACAGGAGCUUUAUUGCAGAAAUGACCAUUUAUGUCAAAAGCCGGCUAGAAGUAAGAAUCUAUGCUCGUGAGCAUGGCUCCAACAAAAAGCUGGCAGCACAGUCCUGUGCUCUGUCUUUGGUCAGGCAGCUAUAUCACUUGAACAUCAUUGAGGCUUACUCUGGACAGACCAAGAAGAAGGAAGGUGAAUCGGUGGAGCCUUACGAAGUCAACAUCACUUCAGAUUUAGAAUAUCAAUUGCAAGGCAUCGUUGAGGAGAUGUGUCUUGAAACGGUUCCACCGCCUGAAGAUCCCAACUUCCCUGCUGUACUCAACAUUGGAAAGUUGGCCCACUUUGAACCAUCCCAGAAACAGAAUCAAACAGGGGUUGUGCCAUGGUCACCCCCUCAGUCAAACUGGAAUCCGUGGACUAGCUGCAAUAUUGAUGAGGGUCCUCUGGCAUACGCUACACCAGAACAGAUAAGCAUUGACCUAAAAAGCAACCUCAUGUAUCAGCUGGAAAAUGAUCAGGAACUGCAAAAAAUUCUUCAAGAGAGGGAAACGCUGCCUGUGAAAAAGUUUGAGCGAGAGAUUCUGGAUGCCAUCCACCAAAAUUCUGUUGUCAUCAUCCGUGGGGCAACAGGCUGUGGCAAAACCACACAGGUUCCACAGUACAUCCUGGAUGAAUUUAUUCACAGUGGAAGAGCUGCUGAGUGUAAUGUGGUUGUGACUCAGCCCAGGAGGAUCAGUGCUGUUUCUGUGGCAGAACGAGUCUCCUAUGAGAGAGGAGAAGAACCUGGGAAUAGCUGUGGUUAUAGUGUCCGCUUUGAAUCGAUGCUUCCCCGACCCCAUGCCAGUAUGAUGUUCUGCACUGUAGGUGUCCUCUUGAGAAAGCUGGAAGCUGGCAUCCGUGGAAUCAGUCAUGUUAUUGUGGAUGAAAUCCAUGAGAGAGACAUUAAUACUGACUUCCUAUUGGUGGUUCUGCGGGACGUCAUUCAGACCUACCCUGUCAGAGUGAUCCUCAUGUCUGCCACCAUUGAUACCACCAUGUUCUGUGAAUACUUCUUUAAUUGCCCCAUCAUUGAGGUCUUUGGCAGAACCUACCCUGUUCAAGAGUAUUUUCUGGAAGACUGCAUUCAGAUGACUAAAUUCAUUCCUCCACCAAAGGACAAAAAGAAGAAGGAUAAAGAUGAAGAUGGUGGUGAAGAUGAUGAUGCCAAUUGCAACCUUAUCUGUAGUGAUGAAUAUGGCCCAGAAACGAAGCGCCGCAUGGCCCAGCUGAAUGAGAAGGAGACCCCCUUUGAGCUCAUUGAGGCCUUGCUGAAGUAUAUCGAGACCCUGAAUGCACCAGGAGCAGUCCUUGUUUUCUUGCCUGGCUGGAAUCUGAUCUACACCAUGCAGAAAUACCUGGAAAUGAAUCCACAUUUUGGAAGCCAGAGAUACAGAAUACUUCCUCUACAUUCCCAGAUUCCCCGAGAGGAGCAACGCAAAGUAUUUGACCCAGUGCCCCCUGCAAUGACCAAAGUAAUUUUAUCUACCAACAUUGCAGAGACCAGUAUUACCAUUAAUGAUGUCGUCUACGUUAUUGACUCUUGCAAGCAAAAGGUGAAGCUCUUCACUGCUCACAACAACAUGACCAACUAUGCCACUGUGUGGGCUUCAAAAACUAACCUGGAACAGCGGAAAGGACGAGCUGGUCGUGUCCGUCCUGGCUUCUGUUUCCACCUUUGCAGCAGAGCUCGCUUUGAACGACUUGAGACUCAUAUGACUCCAGAGAUGUUCCGAACACCGCUACAUGAAAUUGCUUUGAGCAUCAAACUGCUGCGACUGGGAGGGAUUGGCCAGUUCCUGGCCAAAGCUAUAGAGCCACCUCCUUUGGAUGCAGUGAUUGAAGCAGAGCACACACUCAGAGAGCUUGAUGCCUUGGACUCCAAUGACGAGCUGACACCUCUUGGGCGAAUUUUAGCUAGACUGCCCAUUGAACCUCGCCUUGGGAAGAUGAUGAUAAUGGGGUGUAUUUUCUAUGUGGGAGAUGCUGUAUGUACCAUCUCUGCAGCCACCUGCUUCCCUGAGCCAUUCAUUAGCGAGGGAAAGAGGCUGGGUUACGUUCACAGAAAUUUUGCUGGAAAUCGGUUUUCUGAUCACGUGGCCCUCCUGUCAGUUUUCCAAGCCUGGGAUAAUGCCAGAUUGGGUGGGGAAAAUGCAGAGAUACGUUUCUGUGAACACAAGAGACUCAACAUGGCUACUCUGAGAAUGACUUGGGAAGCCAAAGUGCAGUUGAAAGAUAUUCUUGUCAACUCUGGAUUUCCUGAAGAGUGUUUGAUGACCCAGAUAUUUAACAACACUGGACCAGAUAACAGCCUAGACGUUGUCAUCUCUCUGCUGGCUUUUGGCUUGUAUCCCAAUGUCUGUUUCCACAAGGAGAAGAGGAAGAUUCUAACUACUGAAGGCCGCAAUGCACUUAUCCACAAGUCUUCUGUUAACUGUCCAUUUAGCAGUCAGGACAUGAAGUAUCCUUGUCCAUUUUUUGUCUUUGGAGAAAAGAUCCGGACACGAGCCAUCUCUGCCAAAGCAAUGACCUUAGUGAGCCCUUUGCAGCUGCUUCUCUUUGGCUCUAAGAAAGUUGUAUCAGAUGGAGAGAUCAUUAUGUUGGAUGACUGGAUCAAACUGCGUAUGCCUCACAAUGCAGCUGCCUGUAUCGCUGCGUUGCGUGCAGCAAUGGAAGCCCUUGUGGUGGAAGUAACUAAGAAUCCAGAAAUCAUCAGUGACAUAGACCCAAUGAACAAAAACAUGUUGAAUGUAAUUUGGGAAAUCUCCAAACCAUUAGCUGCUGGCAUCAACCUUGCAGCAGGCACUAUGAGGUAUGGUGAUGGACCUCGCCCCCCCAAAAUGGCUCGGUAUGACAAUGGAGGUGGCUAUAGAGGUGGCAGUGGUUACAGAGGUGGCGGCGGCUACAGGGGCGGCUAUGGAAGUGGUUACCAUUCUUACCAUGGUGGUUCUGGGGGAAGGGGAUAUGCCAGUGGUGCUGGGGGAGGUGGCUUUCGAGGUGGGGGAGGCUAUCAAGGAUACCAAAGUGGAGGAAACAGAGGGAGUGGGUUUAGAGGCAGGUGGGGGUGGUAGGAGUGGAACAAUAGUACCACCCAAAAAUAAUGAUGCAUGAUCUUGUUUUUCCCCAUGUUCCUUUGCUUGUAAUGCAGAAGUGUUUCUAGUCCUAGAGUUCACAAAGGAUUGAAACUUUAAUUUGAUAUAAUAAAUAAUCAGAUUGCUAUGAUACUCUUUCAUGAUGUGUUCAUUUUGAUCUUAAUAAAACAAGUUAUUUGUUUUUAAA